GUACGUGUCAGCCCUGACAACACCAGCCCGCCUGUCCCCGGUGGAUUUCCAUUACUCAUUGCCCCCCCAGGUGCCUACCUUUCAGAUAACAUCUCCCAAUGCCAGCCAUGCCAUGUCCCUCCCUCCUGCUGUCCACAACCCCUAUCCUUUGGAGGAUGACCAGCCUCUGCUGCGCCGCUACCAGGUGCCCCUACAUGAUGCCCAGUGCCAGGAGCCCUACCGGCAGCAGCGCCGCACCUACCUAAAGGACAGCAGGGGCAGCCUGCCCUCCAGCCCCUACCGGCUGGCUGAGGAAGAAGACUAUGAGACCACCCAGGAGUACCUCUCCUCUCGGGAGCAACCAAAGACAAGUGGGUCCGGUGAAACUGGUAGCCGGCGCUGGAGGAGAUCCAGACUGAACGGCCACGUGGCCCCGCGUGGAUACGAGGCAUCUCGAGACUACGGCUCUCGAAGCUGCCUAACAGAAAGCGAGUCAGAGGAGGAUGGUGAGAACACUCCCUUCCUCAGUAUGCAGAACAUGAACGCCGAGCCCUCCACCAUCUACAGGCCGGUGGACAGUCGGACUUCUCACUCAUCAGGGUGGCACAGUGGGCGUGGCAACAUGCAUACAAGACUCACACAGCCACGCUCCAAACCGGACAGUACGCCCCAUUAAAGCGUGUGAUGAACCAACAAGAACCAAUAUCGUACAGACCUGCAUCUAUAAGAAAUAUUUUAUUUUAUAUAACUGACAGAUAUUCUAAACAAAUGAAUAUUUAUUUUCAUUUUAGCAAAAGUUGUCUACUAGUUAACAGCAAAGAUUUUUUAUAGGGAAAACUCUAUUUAUAUGUACAUUUUGAUUUACAGCAUAAAAAAGAUGUGCCAGUUUUUUCACAACGUAAAAAAAAAAAAAAAAAUAGAGUAAUAUUGUGGUGCCUUUUGCUGUUUGCCGAACCCAGAGGGGCCAGUGGAGGUUUUUGUAGCCUUUCUUAUAUGGACGCCUCAUUUUUUAUACACAUUUAUGUUUUUUGUUCUGUCAGAUUUUUUUUCCUCUUGUCUCACUUUCUUUCCAAAAAAAAAGGCAUUCUUUAAGAAGUCUGUCCCCACUGCAGCAUAAAUCCCUUUCCAUGUCACGCAAUAUAAACCACUUCAACAUAAAGUGUCUGUUUACAUUAAUAUAAUUCGUCCAGUAGGGGUGGUGUUUGGGAUGUAACAGAACUCCUCAUAAAUAUAACGUAGAAUAUUUCUACCCUCUGACUGAUGCGUCCUCUUGAGAGAUGAGGAAAGAAGAGAGUUGUGUUUGAGUUGAGUAUGGGUACAGAUUGUUAUGUGUGGAUGUGCGUGUGUGUGCAAAACUUCUCUGGAAACAGGGGAGCUACCCCACAGCACUCUCUCUCCUCUUGUGUAGGUGGACAGGUAAGGCUGGGUUCUGCCACGCAGGUCAUUGCCUAAUGAUGUGUUUACAACUAUGUGGCCCCAGGCUCACCCCUAUUCUGUCCUAUUAUAAUUUCCUUGUGGCUUUUUUCUUCACGUUAGCCUUGUACAAGGCUAUCAAGCACUUAGCUGUUGGGCACAGAUGGGGGAUACCUAUAUUGGAGACCAAAACAAAAGAUAUCAUCUGUUUCCACUCAAAGCCACUUCUCCUCUCACAUCUCAUUAUCAUUCUGUUUCCAUUCUGUUUUUCGUGGCUCAUGUUAAAGGUCACACAGUGUCUCAGGAUUUCCACAUAUCCCCCCUUCACCCUGCACCCACUUCCACCUCUCGUCAUCCCACUUUCUUGAAUAAGGUCUACCUUAUAGACGACGGUUCUUGGAAGGUGAGGACCUGGAGGUAACCACACAGUCUACCGGUUCCCUGAACACUCCCCCGCAAAGAAAAGGAAAGCCAGGUGGAGCUCUUUUGGAGGAGCGUAAAGACAAUGUAGAGAAAUAGCUGUGAAAACUACGGAGGAUCAUACGAUGCAAAAAUAUGCAAACUUUAUAUUUUGCUGUUUGAUUACAUCAUUUUCUAAGAGGUGACUGUAGUUUGCUGUGUGUGCAAAAAAAACUCUGUAAUGCCUGUAGUGUAGAAUGAGACAAAUGGGUACCUAUCUGAGUUUUUCUUUUUAAAGCCAUUAUGCAGAGAUCUACCCUUUUGUGAAGUCCUUCACUUGCCCAUAGGAUGUCUGUGUGUGGGACACAGGUUUGUUUUGACCACUUCACCUUUACAAAAAUUCUUCCAAAUACCAUCUUCUACAUUAGUACUAUGUACUACUAAAUCUAUUAGACUUAUUAUCUCCCUAAUUAAGUCCGUAAGAUGACUAUUUAUUGAGCAACAUCAUCCUCAUUUAAAGUAGAGAUGCGCCAAGAAACUGAGACACUCUAACUUUGUCUGGUCGCUAGGUAGUCAGAACUUCAGUAAUCAUUUCUUUUUUCCAUCGUUCAAUGAUCCAUUCAUCAGCGAUAUCAGGCUGAUUAACAGCAACAAGUUUUGGUUUGCAUCGCUGUUCAAGAAGCAAACUGACUCAUAAAAUUAAGUAAGCAAUAACGCACAAACCUGAGCUUUAAAAGAAAUCCGACCCAUUUCUAAGAACCAAAGGAUGUCUUAGGUGGAUUAAAGUGGAGUCAAAAUAAAGCUUAAAUUUCAUGGAUUUCUUUCAUGAAAAUGGUAAUCAUGUCCAUAAUGCAUGACAUCUUUUCAGUUUUAUUUUAUUUUCAGGAUUUACCUCUGGCUAAAAUGCAGUCAUCUGUCUCAGCCCUGUUCAGGGUAACCCAGACGAUGUGUAUUUUUAUGGCAUAAUGAACAAUUGUCCAGUUACGUUGGCACACAUAGCAUUGGUAUAUCUACACAUGGCUGAUUACAACCCUCACUACCUGGUGCAUUCGCCCAGGACAAAGAUGUGAUAAAUAACUCUUAAAAUCCUAUCUUGAAAUGUUUUCUGAAAGGUGGUAGAGUUAAAAAAUGUUAAUCAUCAGUUAGAAGAUAUGAAAAGCAAGGAGCCAAUAGAUGUGAAAAUAUAAUAUUAAACAGCUCCCUACUUCCUUUUUUUUUUACAUAAAGGUGCAGCCAGCUACAGGACUUCAGUUUGCACAGGGUACUUUGAGGUAUUUUGCGUUGCCAAAAUAGGGAUUUUAUUACAUUUAGCUCACAUACACAGUCCUCUGUUAAUGAACCUAAAGAUAAAUCUUUCUGAUUUCCCAGUGUUACUUCCUAUGGAGACUCAGACAUGUAGGCUCAUAUUGAUCUUGCUCUUGUCAGAGAGCAAAACGUCAUUCAUUAGCUCACCUCUGACCCAGUGUAGGAGUAUUUGCACCCAAUUGCAUCUAAACAUAAUGUCUGGAAUGUUGUUCAUUUUAAUCUUCCAAGUAGAUCUAUAAAGAGCAACGCCUUUGAUGGCAGCAAGGCCCCGGACACCAUGUCCCGCCGGACAGGCUGUAUCAAAACUAAAAUGUCACCCUAACACAAUAUUAACCCAGUUUUAAGAAAAGUAUAUAAAUAAAUACAAUCUGUUUUCUAUGGCUCAUUUAGUUUUUUACCAUUUUCAGUAGACUUUAAAAUUGUUUCCUCUUUAAUUAUUCGA